GCAAAACCUGCCAGCAGGCCGACCCCUGUGCCUCCAACCCCUGCGCCAACGGGGGCCAGUGCGUCCCCUUCGAAGCCCACUACAUCUGCCGGUGCACUGCUGGCUUCCACGGGGCCAACUGCAAGCAGGACGUGAAUGAGUGCAACAUCUCACCGCCCUGCUCCUGCAAGCCGGCGUACACCGGGCAGAACUGCGAGCACCUCUACGUGCCCUGCAACCCCUCGCCCUGCCAGAACGGGGGGACGUGCCGCCAGAUCGGAGACACCACCUACGACUGCACGUGCCUGCCAGGGUUCACGGGCCAGAACUGUGAGGAGAACAUCAAUGACUGUCCGGGCAACAACUGCAAGAAUGGGGGCACCUGCGUGGACGGCGUCAACACCUAUAACUGCCAGUGCCCGCCUGAGAGGACGGGUCAGUACUGCACCGAGGAUGUGGAUGAGUGCCAGUUGAUGCCCAACGCCUGCCAGAAUGGGGGCACCUGCCACCACAACCACGGAGGCGGUUUGUUGUGCCACCUCGAUGAUGCCUGCAUCAGCAACCCCUGCAACGAGGGCUCCAACUGCGACACCAACCCCGUCAACGGCAAAGCCAUCUGCACGUGUCCUUCGGGGUACAUGGGGCCGGCCUGCAACCAGGACGUGGACGAGUGCUCGCUGGGAGCCAACCCUUGCGAGCACGCAGGGAAAUGCAUCAACACCCAGGGGUCCUUCCAGUGCCAGUGCCUGCAGGGCUACUCGGGCCCUCGCUGCGAGAUCGAUGUCAAUGAGUGCCUCUCCAACCCCUGCCAGAACGAUGCCACCUGCCUGGACCAGAUUGGGGAGUUCCAGUGCAUCUGCAUGCCCGGUUACGAGGGGGUUUACUGCGAGAUCAACACGGACGA